AUGCCCGUAGAGAUAUUUGACAUAUGGGGCAUGGAUUUCAUGGGGCCUUUGCCCUCAUCAAAAGAAAAUCAGUACAUCUUAUUGGCUGUGGAUUACGUAUCCAAAUGGAUGGAAGCAAAAGCAUCGACAACCAAUGAUUCGAAAGUGGUGGCUUCCUUCUUGAAGUCUAAUAUCUUUAGCAGGUUCGACAUGCUCAAAGCGAUCAUCAGUGAUCAAGGGACACACUUUUGCAAUGCAACCAUUGAGAAGCUGUUCAAAAAGUAUGAGGUUACUCACAAAGUAACCACUGCAUAUCAUCCACAAGGAAAUGGACAAUCGGAGCUCUCCAAUAGAAUCAUAAAUACUAUCUUGAGAAAGGCAGUUGGACCAACUGGCAAAGAUUGGUGUAUGCGUCUUGACGAUGCAUUAUGGGCAUACUGCACAGCUUUGAAGACACCUAUGAGAAUUUCUCCUUAUCGGAUCAUUUUUGGCAAGAUGUGCCCAUCUUUCAGUGAAACUGGAGCACAAGGGCAAGAAAGGAAACUCCAAUUGCAGGAGUUAGAGGAGAUAAGACGUGAAGCCUAUGACAAUGCUGCUCUUUACAAAGAGAGACUGAAGAGAGCGUAUGAUCAGCUCAUCAAGGUCAAGACGUUUGAAAAUGGGCAGAAGGUUCUACUUUACCAAUCGAGGUUCAAACUCAUGUCCGGAAAGCUUUCAAGCAAAUGGAUUGGGCCUUACGAAGUGCAAGCUCAAUAUCCAAAUGGAGCAGUGGAGAUCAAGGAUUUCAAAUUCGGUAGCAUUUUUAAGAUGAAUGGUUAA